UACGACCCAUCUACAAGCCUGCUCAAAUUAAUAUUACAAUUAAUGCUGAGGUAGUAAGCAGGAAUAUUAUGUUAGACCAUCUGGCUCGAGAAGUCGUGUGGCGCCUGCAGAGUUCGCGCGUGAACUUACGUCAUGAUUGGCUUGGUGAUUAUAGAUACCCCAUGUUUACUUCGGUGUUAUUUCUUCAGUCUGAGCCAGUCUGAGCGUCGCGGCGCGCGCGUCUCACUCCCGCACAUAGUAACCAUGUGCAUCUGGGAUCUCCGCAAUGAAACACCUAGUGAAAGUACUCAUCUUAGCAUCCUUCCUUUUCGUUAUACUAUUCCUUUAUGUAACCUUGAGAGAAUGGACACAUUCAGAACAACGGUUAGACAAACUUUUCCAAAUAGGAGAAAAUUGGACAAAACAUGCUGAAAAACCUGGAAAUAGUGAACCCAAACUGAAGUAUAUUUUACAAUGGACUAAUCCGAGAAUGGUUCCAUUUGUGUAUAUGGGUGUGGGCCAGCAAACGUUCAUCGAGAGGAAAUGCCAGUUUACCAACUGCUACGUCACUAGCGAUAGAAGUUUCCUUGGGGACGUUUCUAAGUUCGACGUGAUUGCGUUUUCGGGAACUGACAUCAUCAGGUUGCCUUUUGCCGAAGUAAAACCUAAAAUAAGAUCGCCGCAUCAAAAAUAUGCUUUUACUAACAUUGAAUCAGCUGACAACUACCCUGUCUGCUCAUACUUUUUGGAUAACUUCUUCAACUGGACAUGGACGUACAGAUUAGACUCGGAGACUAAAUGGGGAUACAUAAUAGUAAGAGAUGCUAAUAAUAAUGUAAUAGGUCCGAAGAAAAAUAUGCAUUGGAUGAGGUUAGAAGAUAUGGACUCAGUGAGUGAAGAAUUAAGCAUGGAGUUGAAAAAUAAAUCGAGGGCAGCAGCAUGGUUUGUGUCCAACUGUCACACGCGAAGUGGUAGGGAGAAGUAUGUAAUGAAUCUGCAGAAGGAGCUACGAGUUUACAACCUGUCGGUUGACGUGUACGGAUUAUGCGGACCUUACAAUUGCAGCCGAGACAACGAGGAAGCUUGUUUUCAAAAAAUAAAAACAGAUUAUUAUUUCUAUCUUUCUUUCGAAAAUUCAUUAAGUGAAGACUAUGUGACUGAAAAACUGCUAUCUGCAUUGAAGUACAAUGCAAUACCUAUUGUCUACGGAGGUGCUAAUUAUACUAGAUUCAUGCCAGACGGAAUUUACUUGGACGCACGAAAGCUGGGACCCGCAGCUUUGGCAAGGGAAAUGAAAUACCUAAUAGACAAUCCCGACCAAUAUGAACAAUAUUUCCGAUGGAAAAACCAUUAUUCUUACUAUAGAAGAAAUGACAAUCCAGAGACGGACGAUUACUGUGGCUUCUGUGCUCUUCUGAACAACGACGAGAUGGUGAAAAGAACGUCUAUAUAUGAGAAGUUUAAAUACUGGUGGAAUGACCCAAAUGGUCGAUGUUUUUAAUACUAAUAAACUGUCUUCAUUGAUUUAAUAUUCAUUUAAACGGAUACGAAACGUUUUACAAAAAUGGAGAUGGAUUAGUCACACUAUUCGGAGAGGGGAAAGAAAUAACGUGAGCAUUGCUUUCGGUUGGAAACCGCAAAAUGCAAGCCGUAUCUAGCCCCGGGCGUCAUGUUUACUCAUGGAAGUGCUCCGUCGAAAAUGAGCUUUGAUCGGCUUGUUUGAGCUGGAACGAGGCCACGAGGGUCGCUAAAGACAUUAGGAAGGCGCGGCGCGAGCUUGUGAAGGCCCUUUGCACCUCUGGGGUGCCUUAGAACUACAACAAUAUAAGGCUAUAUAGAAGGGCAUACGGGCACGAAAAAUGGUGUCAAUAUAGCGUCGUCAUUGACUCCGUUGUGCACGAAUGCGAGCAUGUCGAGCUCAUGAACCAAUCGCAGCGUUCCACUAAGACGACUCAAACGACAA